UCACUGUGACCUGAAGAACCGGACCGGAACUAAAGAGAACCGGAAGUGUCGUCGGUUGUUCGUGAUCCCGGACAGGCGGCGGGACAGUUUUGUUCUCAGUGUCGUACCGCGGCGGAGCUGCAGUCCAAUGGGAGACAGCGAUGACGAGUUCGACAGGAGGAGGCGGGACAAGUUCAGGAGAGAGAGGAGCGACAUGGAGCGGUCGAGGGAGAGAGAGGAGAGGAGGAGGGACGACUGGCCCGACAGGGACUGGGACCGCGGCAGGGAGAGGAGGCGGGACUACGAUCGCGGGCGCAGAGAGCGUUUUUCUCCCCCCCGACACAUCAGCCCUCAGCACAAACGCAUGAGGAGAGACUGGGACGACCACAGGGGGGAGCCAUACCGUUAUGACAUGCCGUACGGAGGAGGCGGCGGUCCGUUUCCGGGGGCGGGGCCUCAGGGUUGGCACCCCGACCUCCCCCACCUGCACCCACAUCAUGGAGGUCACCCGCUGCAGGGCAGGUUGGGGAUGGUGGAUCCAGACCUCCCUCCUCCUGGUCCUCCCACCAUGAGGAGCUUCAAGGAGUUCCUGUUGAACAUGGAGGACAGCGUGGACGAGACUGAGUCGGUGAAGCGCUACAAUCAGUACAAGUUGGACUUCAGACGGCAGCAGCUGCAGGACUUCUUCCUCCAGCACAAAGACCAGGAGUGGUUCCGGUCCAAGUACCACCCUGAUGACAUCACAGCCAGGAAGGCGGAGUCUCUGGCCGCCCUCAAAACCCGACUGGGCGUCUUCCUCUUCCUGCUGGACACCAACUGGCUGGACAACGUGUCUCUGGACAUGGAGCACGCCCCCGCCAUCAUCAAACUGCUGGACGCAGCUGUAAUAAAGAUGGAGGGAGGGACAGACUUGGACCUGCAGGUCCUGGAAGUACCGUCUGCUUCUGCAGCAGCUGGCGGGGAGGCGGCGAGCUGCAGCGUCGGAGCAGGAGGUGGAGCAGCAGCAGCAGCAGGAGGAACCGGAGGAGGAGGAGGAGGAGGAGGGGAGAAGACUCCUGGAGAUCCCAGCAGUCAGAGCACUCAGCUGGUCUCAGAGACGACAGGGAGUCGGACAGAGGAGGCGACCAGCAGGGAGACGGUGGAGACUAAAGCGUCCGUCAAGGACGCUGAAGAGGAGGCCAAACAGAAUGGGGAGGAGAAGGAGGACGAUGAAGAGGAGGGGGAGGAAGAUGACGAGGAUGAGAAGAAGGAAGAGGAGGAGGAGAAGAUGACAAAGAAAGGCAGGAAGAGGAAACGCAGCGUGUCAGCUGACAGCGGCGAGGGCAGCGCCUCCGAAUCUGACUCCUCCCACUCUGAGGGAGAGAAGGAGGAGGACGAGGAGAAGGAGGAAGAGGAGGAGGACAGAGAAGAUGAGCGUCGUAAAGAGCGAGGGAAGGAGAGAGAGAAGGAGGCUCCGGCCAAGCCCCGCCCCCUACACCUCACCACCUCCCUGUUCAUCAGGAGCAUCCCGCCAGAGGUGUCCAAGGAGGAGAUCACAGCUUUGUGUCGCAGGUACCCGGGCUUCUUGCGGGUGGCGCUGUCGGACCCUCAGCCUGAGAGGAGGUUCUUCAGGCGCUGCUGGGUGACGUUUGACCGCAGUGUGAACAUCAAGGAGACGUGCUGGAACCUGCAGAACAUCAGGCUCAGAGACUGUGAACUGGCUCCGGUGGUCAACAGAGAUCUGUGUCGACGCGUCCGCACCGUGAACGGGCUGACUCACCACAGGCCGGUGGUGAGGAACGACAUCCGGCUGUCGGCCCGGCUCGUCCACAGUCUGGACCAGAAGGGGGAGCUGUGGGCCGGACAGAUGGAGACCAACCCUGUCCUGAAGAACAUCACAGACUACCUGAUAGAGGAGGUGAGCGCUGAGGAGGAGGAGCUCACCGGAGCCUCGGGGGGCAACGGUGACGUCGCAGGGGACGCCAAAGACCCCGCCUCCUCCUCUGAUGUUACCGUGGAGACCGACGACAAGCUGCUGAAGGUGCUGGACCGGCUGCUGCUCUACCUGCGUCUGGUUCACUCUGUAGAUUAUUAUAACUUCUGUGAGUAUCCUGCCGAGGACGAGAUGCCUCAUCGCUGCGGGCUCAUCCACGUACGAGGACCCCUACCUGUGGCCAAGAUCACUGCAGCCGAGGUGACUGAGCAUCAGAAGAUGUGUGAGGAGCGUCUGGCUCCUCUGCUCUCGCUGUCAGAGACUCUGAGUGAAGAAGACGCCACCAAGCUGGGAAAGAAAGAGCCGGAACAGGAGGUGGAGAAGUUCCUGGCAGCCAACACUCAGGAGCUCAGUAAAGACAAGUGGCUCUGUCCUCUGAGCGGGAAGAAGUUCAAGGCUCCAGAGUUUGUGCGUAAACACAUCCUGAACAAACACGGAGACAAAGUGUCCGCCGUCAGACAGGAAGUCCAGUUCUUCAACAACUUCCUGCUGGACGCCAAGAGACCAGCUCUACCUGAGAACAAGCCCCUCCCACCACCAGCACAAGCCACUCCUCCUGGUAUACCAGGGUUUCCUGGUCAGUCGCCACAGCAGCAAAGCCUUCUGGGAUAUCCACCUGGAGUCAGACCUCCGAUGCCCGGCUUCCCUGGCGGAGGACCUCCCUACCCUCACAACCAGUUUGGGGCAGGUCGUGGUAACUAUGACAACUUCAGAGGUCAUUUAGGAGGCGGAGGAGGAGGAGGAGGGGGAGGAGGGUUUCCUGGGAAGCAGCGAAACAGCAGGGGCGUGCGAGGGGACCCGCGGUCGAUCAUCGAGUACAGAGACCUGGACGCUCCCGACGACCUCGACUUCUUUUAAACACCAUGACAACGUGAAGCAGCAGGAUGUUUUUUUU